AUGUCGCCGCCGACGACUAUCCAUCGGCUUCUCCCGGCGCUACCCGGUCCCCGUUUUGUCCGCCGCCGCGCGGCUCGCCGGCGUCAGCCCGGGUGCAGCUCCGCCGCCGCGCGGCUCGCCGGAGUCAGCCCGCGCGCAGCUCCGCCGCCGCGCGGCUCGCCGGAGUCAGCCCGGGCGCAGCUCCGCCGCCUCCUUCCUCCUUGCUUGCUGCGGCCCCGCCUCUCCUCCCCUCAGACCCGAAUCGUGUCAGCGCUGCCGUUGAUUUCUUCUGGCCACUCGCGGCUGUCCCCUACCUCCUGUUUCAAGCCGCGUCGAGUUCUCCAUCCCACAUCCCGGUGCCCCAUCGUCUCUGACACAGCCAGGGAACCACCGCCUGGUUUCUGCUGCUGUCCCUCGCGCCCUGGUGUCUCUCCACGACCAGACAAUUCCUACCAGCACCUCGUCAAGCUCUGCCCCAGGCAGAAGCACCAGCUUUCUAGCCGAACGCGGUUUUCCAAAUCCCUUGCCAAGGAAGAGCCUCAUGGUGCUGCAGCACGGACCAGAGGAUUUGGAGAGGGCAACCGCCUGGUGCUGCACAGGCAGUAUAGGCAUGUUCAGAAGAAAAGCUCAAUCAAUGGUGGAAGGAAGUGCAAGUGCCUGCAGCGCGGGAAUCUCUGCCCGCCCGCUGUUACAUGUAUCUUAGCCAAACAUGCGGGUCGUUUCUUCACUUCUCUGGUUGAAAUUGAUAUUGUAGCUGGCUCGGAUGCAUCAACAAUGAAGCUGCGGAGACUAUACUGUAGAUGUGGUGAUGGUCAGAAGAUAAUACCAAGACGUCAUGUGAUUAUGGAGUAA